AUGAGAAGGGAAGCUUAUUAUUCUAAACCAAAAGUUUUGAUUUUGGUAGUGAUAAUUUAUUGUUUUGUGAUUGAUGGGCUCUCGGGUCUGGGCGGAUCGUCAGAGUGCAGGGUCCCCCAGUCGGAAUUUGAAGCGUUGGUGAGGUCCACCAUCAGUGUCGUCCGGAAGGUGGCCGACGUCGUGUCUUUAUUUUCCACCGAUUUCCAGCUCAAGGAUGCCGCCACCGACUGUUUUGAGAUGAUGGACUCAACCGUUGACCUGUUGACCUCUGUACUGUCUCUUUCCAAAAUUCCAAAUGAAAUAUAUACCGGCAAUGACGUUCAUGGCACCGGAGAUUCGAUCUCCGACAUGAAAUGUUGGCUAAGUGGAGCACUUGUCAACCAAGUCACCUGCAAAGAAGGGUUUGAUGGCACCAACAGCCACCUCCAAACCCUAAUCUCCAGCGACCUCGACCACAUCACCUCCGCCCUCACAAAACUCGUCUCCAUGAUCAAACCGAGUCGAAAGCCAGUCCCCAAAGGAAAAUUCCUGGAUUGGCUGAAAUCCCGAGACCAAAAACUUCUCCAAGCUCCCGGCAGCUUGGUGGCCGACGUGGUAGUGGCGACGGACGACACCGGAAACUUCACAAGCAUCACGGCAGCCAUUCAGGCGGCCCCAGAGCGUAGCCGGACAAGGUUUGUUAUUUAUAUAAAGCGAGGCGUGUACAAGGAGUACAUUGACAAUAUUGAUAACAAAAAAUGGAAUAUAAUGUUGGUCGGUGACGGUAUGGAUGCCACAAUCAUUACAGGUGACCACAGCAACGCUACCGACUGGCGCACUUACAAAUCGGCUACUUUCCAUACGAAAGGUGUCGGAUUCAUAGCCCGGGACAUAACGUUCGAGAAUACGGCGGGACCUGAAGAAGGACAAGCCGUCGCUUUCCAUUUCGAGUCCGACCUGUCUGUGUUGUACCGUUGCGGAUUCAGGGGAUUCCAGGACACUUUGUACGCUCACACCUGUCGUCAAUUUUAUCGAGAGUGUAAAAUCACGGGCACGGUCGACUUCAUAUUCGGACACGGCACAGCUGUUUUCCAAAACUGCGAGAUCGUGGCCCGAAAAGGUCUCCCGGGCCAAAAGAACGUAGUCACGGCCCAAAGCCAACCAAAUUUAGACUAUAAUUCGGGCUUUUCUAUCCAAUUCUGCAACAUCACGGGUGAGCCCGAUUUGGUGGCUUCCGUGGGCUCGAACCCAACUUACCUCGGCCGGCCGUGGAGCAUUUACUCGCGCACGAUCGUCAUGCAGUCAUACAUUAGUGAUGUCGUUAUGACCGAGGGAUGGCUCGAAAUGGAGGGGACAACGAAAACCGACAGUUUGUACUUCGGGGAGUACAUGAACUACGGGUCGGGGGCUGGAUUGUCGGGCCGGGUUAAAUGGGCCGGUUACCAUGUGAUUAAUGACCCGGAUGAGGCGGAGAAGUUCACGGUGGCCCAGUUCUUAAUAAGCGGGGACCAAUGGCUGCCUUCGACCGGGGUGAAGUACACGCGCGGGUUGGGGAUUUGA